AGUGUGGCGGGGCGUGCGUGGUGGAGCCUGAUCGUGUGGGGUGGCACGGAGGAACCCUGCCCAGUGUGGGCGGGGCGUGCGCCGUGCCGGGUUCGUCUGACAGAUCCCAGGGGAGCCCACGCCCCACGUGGCCGCCAAGGGGUGACAUGGGCACUCGAUGGGGUCUGGGCAGAAAGCCGUGCUCCCCUCACCUCCGUGCCUCUGGUCUUCUGGUACAGCAGGGUCCCGGGGAGUCCGGGAGGCGGCGGAGUGCGGCACUGUCUGGAGAGUUCAGUGUAUUGCAGAGAGGUUGGAGAAAAUCAAGUCUUGCACGUGGCGAUGGCUCAAGAUUCCCUGAGGUCUUCAGUGCUGACUAAGGAGUCUGAAAUGAUGAUUCAUGUUUUACCUUUGGGGCUGAGCCAAGUGCAUCUCUUUGAGCAAUCGACUUAAUUUCCUUGUCGUCACCAAUUAUCAUAACCAAUUAUCAUCGUAAAGGAUGGUAAUUCCUUUAAUUAUACCCAGCUUAAAAACAUGAUUCUGUUCCACAAACGAAAGGAGCACAUCAGAGAUGCCUUCAGUUCUGUGUGCUUGAACUUUGAAUUCCAUGAAUUAUAGUUGCACUGAGGGGAGAAUCCUGUUUCCAUCCUCCUGGUUCCUUCUCCCUUUCCUGUCCCCAUGUUUCUCUGAGGCUUGGCAAUGCUCUCUGGAUACUUGCAGACGGACUGGACUGAGCCCUGGCUCAUGGGGCUGGCCACCUUCCACGCGCUCUGCGUGCUCCUCACCUGCUUGUCCUCCCGAAGCUACAGACUACAGAUCGGGCACUUUCUGUGUCUAGUCAUCUUAGUCUACUGUGCUGAAUACAUCAAUGAGGCGGCUGCGAUGAACUGGAGAUUAUUUUCGAAAUACCAGUAUUUUGACUCCAGGGGGAUGUUCAUUUCUAUAGUAUUUUCAGCCCCACUGCUGGUGAAUGCCAUGAUCAUUGUGGUUAUGUGGGUAUGGAAGACUUUGAAUGUGAUGACUGACCUGAAGAAUGCACAAGAGAGAAGAAAGGAAAAGAAAAGGAGAAGGAAAGAAGACUGAGGGGCAGCAGCUGCUUGGAGUUUGCGUCCUUCCCAUCCACCCAGUGCAGCUCCCAGUGCUGCAGUGCGCGUGGCGUGGGCAUCCUUCCAGCUGACUCAUGGUUUGAAAAACCGUUGUUUUAUUUAAAUAUCCACAGUGGUAGGGCACACACUGAAGUUGGCUUUUCAGCCAGCACUGAAUGUAUCCAUCAGGGCAUGCGUCUUCAGGCGCCUGAUCUUUGUAGUCAGGCUGUGGGAACGGUCUCUGCAGAGCUUCAUAACUGGGAAUUUGAUUUGAAGAAGUCCAUGUCAUAUGUGUAACUAGUACUAAUUAUAAAUAUAAAAUACACAAUAUAAAAUAUGAAACUCAAUAAUAAACAGUGCCACCUGUACAUGGGCACUAUGCCUUCCUCCUCAUGCUGUGUUUUCUAGCGCAUGCCACAGUUCGCAGUAGAGGGUGUUUUCACCUUCCAAGACAUGGGGCAAAGUUUGGAGACACCUGGUUGUCACUGGAGGGGGUGGUGCUCCUGGCUUCUCCUGUGGAGCCCAGGGGUGAUGCAUAAAAUCCUGUGUGCCUGGGUCAGCCGCAGCACAGACAAUGACUUGACAUGAAAUGUCAGCCAUGCUGGGGCAGAGAGACCUUGGAAGGAAGCUCUUGGAAAAUACGUUGUAUCUCAGUUUGAUGAACCAAUUCACAAGAGGCUAGGCCCUCUCUAGCAAAGUUAUGGGCUGCUUUACUGAAAACAGAAUGGAAGCCCUGAAGUCAACACUCCAUGGAGAAGCGUGUCUUUCCUAAUGUCCUGGUGUUCUGUUGAUUUAGGUGCUUGGGAACACAAUGCUCCCAGUUCUGUUAGGACAGGCAUACUGUUACUUUGCAAUAUCCACUUUAUAAAAUGGCUCCUGCCCAGUGGCUCUUGGUUCCUGUCAAAUGUGGACCUGUAGUUUAAGAAUGACAGGUGGUUAGAGACCCAGAUAUUUAAAAAUAGGUGUUCAAUAAGGGAAUACUGAUUGUGCAUUGUAUCUGGAUAGCAUGCCCAAUUGUACAUUUCUGAAAGUUACCAAUUCAAAAUGUAAUUGGAACAGUUAUCUUUGAUUAGACAAGCCUGGGAAGAGAAUGUUGAGGUGCAGAGCUCACCAGCCAAGUUCGUGCCCCUCUCGGGCCUUUGUGACUGAGAAGUGGGACAGAAAGAUGAUUAAGGUAAUGUGUCUUCCCUGUAGCAUUGUUCAGGGCCGUUGUGUAGAUAUUUGACUUCGCUGACAGAAAAGAAACCAGGGAGUUUGUAGAGACUGUGCAUUUAUAGUAUAACAUUUUCACCAUCUGAUAUGGUUUGGCUCUGUGUCCCCACCCAAAUUGCAUCUCAAAUGGUAAUCCCCAUGUGUCAAGGGAGGGACCUGAUGGGAGGUGAUGGGAUCAUGGGGGUGGUUUCCCCUAUGUUGUUAUCAUAAUAGAGAGGGAGUUCUCACAAGAUCUGCUGGUUUUAAAGACAGCAGUUUCCCCUGCUGUCACUGUCUCUCUCCUGCUGCCUUGUGAAGAAGGUGCUUGUUUCUCCCUCUGCCAUGAUUGUAAGUUUCCCGAGGCCUCCCCAGCCAUGUGGAACUGAGUCAAUUAAACUUCUUGUUUAUAAAGUAAUCCAGGUCUCAGGUAGUAUCUUUAUAGCAGUGUGAGAACAGACUAAUAAAACAUCUAUAUGUUAUUUGGACUUAAUAUGGGGCCGUGUGAUUGAAUCUUAGUUUGCCUGUGAUAAAGUAGUGUAACAGUAUUGCUAGCUUUGCAUGAAUUUGAUGCUGAUGACAUGUCAGUGUGAAACCAUGACGUGUGGUCUUUGAUUUUCAUUCUACGUGUGUGUCUGUGUUUUGGAACAGUUAUAUUUUGGUUUUGUAAAAACAACCUUCACUUUAUUUUUAACUGUGUAGUAAGUUUAUAUUCAAUGCCUUAAAGUGCAUUGUUAACAAUUGUCUUGAUAUGUUGUCCUCAUUUUAGGGAAAGUCAUAGAAGCCAAAAUGAUCAGCAGUUGAGUAAUUUACGAAAGCACAGGUGCAAUCCCACUUUAAAGCACUGGGGGUUGCACAGAGCACACUGGUUUCAGGCUCCAUAAAUGUGGAUGACUCACUGGAGAGCUUCAUCUGUUUAAGUAGAACAAAUGUUUUUACUUUACUGAUAAAGUACAGGAAAGGAGGUUUGUGAUCAAAAUUAUUUUUCACAUUCCAAACCUGUGACACCUUACGUUUAUCGACUGCUAUGCAAUAAAAUACAUCUUUAAUAAUA